GAGUUCAACCAAGAUCUUGUGAAUUUAUAAAUCAAACCCAUAAUGAGUCUCGAAAUACCUAGUUUUACUGUUCCAGGACAACCAAUUUGUCCGUCUUUGAAAAGCACAAAUGAUCCAAAACUAAUACAUAAAUUUGAACCAGGUAAUGGGGCAAUUCUUCAAGAAGUUGAAGUAAAUAACAAAAAAUCAUCAAUAAUUUCAGCAACAUUGGUUGGGAAAGUGAAAGUUGAAGAGAUACCAGACAAGAAAGAGGAAGCAGAAGAAGAUAAAGAAGACUCAAAAGAUAUUGAUUUACAAGUUAAAAGAUUUAAAGUUUCAGUUAUACCUACAAGUUCAAAUGAUUAUGAUGAUUAUGGCAAAACAAGUACAGAAACAGAUUCAAAUUUCGCCACAAAUUUACCAAAAGAAGGUGAUAUAGUGAUAACAAGAGUUACUAAAUUGAAUUUAAAACAAGCAUUUGUGGAAAUAUUAGCAGUUGAAGGUGCUGGAAAUGUUUUGACAGAUUCUGGAAUUGGCUCAAAUGGUCAUGGUGUAAUUGCUGCAGGUGGUGGCUCAGGUGCUUCUACUUUUUCAAUCCAUCAAGCUUCAUCAGAUUUAGGUGAAACUUUCAAGGGUAUAAUCAGAUCUCAAGAUGUUAGAUCCACUGAACGUGAUAGAGUUAAAAUAAUAGAAAGUUUCAAACCAGGUGAUAUUGUCAGGGCUCAAAUUUUAUCCUUAGGUGAUGGUACCAACUAUUAUCUAACCACUGCAAGAAAUGAUUUAGGUGUUGUGUUUGCCAAAGCUCAAAACGGUGCUGGUGGUUUAAUGUAUGCUAUUGAUUGGCAAACUAUGGUUUGUGCAAAGACCGGAGAAUUAGAACCACGUAAAUGUGCAAAACCAUUUUGAAUAAAACAUCAAUAAACUAAUAGAUACUGUAGAGAAAUGACCAGAGAAGCACUAGAAGCUCAUAAACGUGCAAUAUCGUUUGCGGCG